AUGGCGGAUCUAAAAAGAUGUUGGUGUGAACGGGCUCUAGACGCAUUCUCUGAAAAAACAAGAAAGAAUCAGCAGCAGAUAUUUUCUCCCAUUCUUUGGAUCCCUCUCCUCUUCCUACUCAUGGGGCUUGGAGCCUCUGGAAAGGAAACACCCCCAAGAGUGAUAUCAGGGAUCCUAGGGGGUUCUGUGACUUUCCUCCUAAAUGUCUCAAAAAAUGCAGAAAUUGAGCUCAUCACCUGGACUUAUCUCUCAAAGACUCUUGUUUUAGCCAUCACCAGCAGAUCUGAUAUAACGAUUCUGCUCAAAGAAUACAGUGGCCGACUCAACAUCAGCCAAGAUGGCUACUCCUUGUGCAUGAGUAACCUAACCAAGAGUGAUUCAGGAUCCUACCAGGCUCAAAUAAUCCAAAAGAAUGUUGACCACACCGUGAGGAACGAGUUCAUACUGCACAUCUAUGAGCAGCUCCAGGAGCCUCAAGUCACCGUGAAAUCUAUGACCUCAUCCGAGAAUGAUUCCUGCACUGUCACCCUAACCUGCACUGUAAAUGGGUCAAAGGAUGGUGUCCAGUACAGCUGGAUCCAAAAGGACACCCAUAAUAAGACAGCCCAUGAACGUCACAUCCUCAGGGUUUCCCUGAGUCCCUGUGACCCGGACCUACCGUAUACCUGCACAGCCCGGAAUCCAGUCAGCCAAAACAGUUCCCAACCUGUCCGCGUCCGGCAGUUCUGUACAGGAACCUCCAGGAAAAAAACAACCGAGAAGACUGUGGUAGGAAUCCUGGGAGAGCCAGUGACCCUGUCCUUGGAAUUCCCGGCCAAUCAGGAAACAAAGAAUGUUGUCUGGGUAUUUAACACAUCGGUUAUCAGCCGAGAACCGAAAGGAGCAGCAACAGUGGAUCCUCACCGCCGUAAGCCCAAAAGUUCUGAAGAAAGGAGGCUGAGGAUCUCCGACCAGGACAGCUCCCUGAAGAUCAGCCAGCUGAAGAUGGAGGACACAGGCCCCUACCAUGCCUAUGUGUGCUCAGAGACCUCCAGAGGCCCCAGCGUGAGACACUUCACCCUGCUCGUCUACCAGAGACUGAAGAAGCCCAACGUCACCCAGAGUCCUGUGCACAUGACGAAUGGCAUCUGCGAGGUUGUCCUGACCUGCUCAGUGGAAGGUGGUGGAAAAGACGUGAGGUACACGUGGAUGCCUCUGCAAAAGGAAGCUGUCAUGUCCCAAGGGAAGUCGCACCUCAACGUCUCCUGGAAGAUUGGUGAACGCCUGCCCAACUUCACAUGCACAACCCAUAACCCUGUCAGCAACAGCUCCCGCCAGUUGUCUUCUGGGAGCCUCUGUUCAGGCCCUGAGAGAAACAAAAGGCUUUGGAUCCCGCUCCUCCUGGGUUUGUUCUUGGGGAUGCUCAUUGGCGGUUGCUUCAUUUUGAAGAAAAGGAAACUGUGUUCAUCUUUGGCCAUCAGGUACAGCCAAGCCAAUGUCCCAGCUGAAAUACCAGAAACCCCAGCUGGCCACAUAGAAUUUUCCGUGCUCUCCCAACAGUAUGAGAAACUAGAUAUGCCUGCUAAGACUAUCAGACAUCACUCUACAUCCACCUCAGAUACCAGCUCUGAGAGCAGCGCAACAACAGAAGAGGAUGAUGAAAAGACCAGAAUGCAUAGCACUGUUAACGGUAGAAGUCAGGUGUACGACUUAUUCACUCAAGAGGACAUUGCACAUGACUUGGCCUCUGAGGGGCAAGCAGAAUAUGAAGCAGUUAGUCCAGAUGAUAAAGUGGCUAAGUCUAUGGAUGAAGAAGACACAGCGUACACACAAGAGUCCCUGAUUGUGCAGGGAGAGAACCCACUUCCUCAGAAGAAAGAAGACUCAAAUACAAUCUACUGCUCUAUACAGAAACAUAAAAUGAUGGUGCAGACACCACAGCAAGCUACUGAGCCUCCUGAAACCCCUACCUAUGAAAAUUUCACCUGAAGUGAAAAGCAGCUGCUACUUCUGGGAGGGGGCAAGGAUUUGGAGAAAAGCAGGCCUCGUACAUCCCGCUGUUUCUGCAGAAAGGACACAUUGGAAUUUCCUGCCAUGGCUUAGACUGGCCUGAAUUUGAUGCCUUCCUCUUCUUGUCAUCCUCCUUACCUCAUGAGCCCAUGUACAGGUCAGGCAGAGUCUCCUUGG